GCCGCGACGGGACGCACGUGCCCGGGAAUGCAGGGUUCGCGCCAUUUUUCACGCGUUUUGACUUUCGUAAGACAUUUUUCUGAAAUUGAUAUUGGAAAUUUAUUUUCGAUAGUAUGUAUAUUGAUGUGCAUUUCAAGCCUUGGUUUGGAAAUUUGUUUAAAAUAUUUGUGAACGUCCGUCAGAUUGAAUGACAAACAAAUAUAAAUCCACCAUAACAAAUUAACUGUUCGAAUGCAUUCUUAAUAUCUAAAUAUAAAAGUAUUUUGACAAUUUUUUGAGAAUUCAAUUUUUUUACUAAAACACAAAACACCAUUAAACUUUUAUCAGCCAAAAUGCUGAUGUUAAACGUAUUAUUCCUAUUCUCCAUACCUGUGUUAUCCUCUUCCGAGAUGUCCCCCAAAAAGGUGUAUAAAGUGGGGGUUCUGAUGGCGUCUCGUCUGGACUCCCCCUUUGACCUGGAGCGGUGUGGCCCAGCAGUGGACCUGGCGCUGGAUAAAGUCAACGAGAAGUUUCUUGCUCAUCAUGGAGUUGAGUUGCAGAAAGUGCAGGGCAGCUACCCAUCGUGCUCCGGAGCCGUAGCACCAGGCUUGGCAGCUGACAUGCACUUCAAGGAUGACGUCAUCGCCUUUGUGGGUCCGGCUUGCGCCUUCGCCCUGGAGCCCGUGGCGCGCCUGGCCGCCUACUGGAACACCCCCAUCAUCACCGGCAUGGGAGACCAGCCGCCGUCAGAAGGAGAGCUGGCCGCUCCAGCCAGCGUGGUCAGUCGGAUGCACAGGCUUAGGAACCUGAGGAAAGGAAUCAAGCCUCAAACUCUAUUCAACGAUAAAGGGAAGUACCCAACCCUGACUCGGAUGUCGUACUGUCAGUGUCGCCUGCCUCACGUCUUCACCAGCGUGUUCGAGAGGUUCGGCUGGACGCACGUGGCGCUGCUACUUGACAAGUCUGAUCUGUUUUCACUGACUGUUGGUAAAAGUUUAGAGUGGGGUCUUAGGAAAGAGGGUAUAUUGAAGGCUGUCCGGGAGCUGGACGGAAACGAGCGGGAGUCCUGCGAAGCCCUGUUAAAGGAUGUCAGUAUGUACGCGAGAGUGGUAAUCCUGAGUGUACGUGGGCCCCUAGUCAGGGAGUUCCUGCUGGCAGCCCAUGCCCUAGGCAUGACGAGAGGAGACUGGGCCUUCCUGGACGUCGAGAUAUUUCAGGGAGGCUACUGGGGUGAGACGGGCUGGGCGGCCGGGGACGAGCGGGACGCAGCCGCGCGGGCCGCCUACGAAGCCCUACUGCGGGUCUCCCUGAAGCUGCCCACUGGAGACCGCUUUGACGACUUCGCAGACGCCGUCCGCGCCAGGGCUAGACAGCAUUACAAUUAUACCUUCUCUGAUGGCGAAGAGGUAAACUUCUUCAUCGGUGCGUUCUACGAUGGCGUGUACCUCUUAGGCAUGGCUCUGAACGAGACGCUCUCCCGGGGCGAUGACAUCCGGGACGGCAGGAACAUCACCGCCAAAAUGUGGGGCAGAGACUUCCAUGGCAUAACAGGGCACGUCCGCAUCGACGCCGUGGGUGACAGGGACGCAGACUACGCCAUCUUGGACCUGGACCCUGUCACUGGGAAAUUUGAGGUGGUGGCGUUCUACCACGGCCUGAACAGCAGCUACAAGCCAGUGCCAGGCAAGGCCAUCCACUGGCCCGGGGGAAAGCGAGGCCCGCCCCCUGACACCCCGCGGUGCGGGUUCCUGGGCACAGACCCCAAGUGCCAAGGAGAGGCCCAGACCGUUAUAAUUUAUUGUUUUAUCGGUCUGGCGAUAUUCCUGACGUUCGCAGUAACGGCCGCCUGCGUCGCUUACAAGCAAGCGCGAAUCGACGCCGAGCUUAACAACAUGGCGUGGAGGGUCCGCCCCGAAGAAGUGCUAGUGGAGGUGGGGACUGGCCUCGGAGCCAGCCCAGCGCUGCACAACAUCAAUGAGGCUGUUAAGUUAUCCCUGGGCUGGAGCACCCGCGGCAGCACAGCGACAUCUGUCGGCAACAGUCCUUCCAUCACGCUGACAUCCUUCACCAUAGGGCUGUACAAGGGCAACCGAGUGGCUGUCAAGAAAAUUCACAGAAAGAAGCUGGACUUGAACAAGAAGCUGCUUUGGGAGAUUAAACAGGCCCGCAACGUAUCCCACGAGAACACUGUGAGAUUCAUCGGUGCAUGCGUGGACUGCCCUUUAGUAUUCAUCCUCACGGAGUACUGCCCUAAGGGUUCCCUGAAAGAUGUACUGGCCAACGACGAGCUUCAACUAGACUGGAACUUCAGGACAUCACUGGUCCAUGAUAUAGUGCAGGGCAUGUGCUAUCUCCAUGGCGGGCUGGGCGCGCACGGCAAGCUGCGCUCCUCCAACUGCCUCAUCGAUGGACGCUUCGUGCUCAAGAUCUCGGACUUCGGCCUCAACACGCUCUGCACGCCCACAGACUUGAUCAAAGAUGACACCUACUACUACAAGCUGUUGUGGACAGCACCUGAGUUGGUGGCAGCGAGCCUGUACCCUGGAGCCGCGGCCUCGCUGAAGGGUGACGUCUAUAGCUUCGGGAUUAUUCUCGAGGAGAUCGUCCUUAGGGCCGGGCCUUUCCAUCACUGCAACAAUACCAUGUCCAAUAAAGAAAUAGUUACACGCGUGUGCGCACGGGAAUCUCCCCCGUUCCGGCCGGUGGUCUGCACGAGUGAUGUGACGGCGGGGGGAGGGGGUGCGGGAGCAGCGGCAGAGCUGCUCGAGCUGGCGGCCAAGUGCUGGAACGAGAUACCAGAUGAUAGACCCAGCUUUGACACUAUUAAUGUUAUCUACAUCAAGGGCUACUGCGACAACCUGAUGGAUGACCUGCUGCGACGCAUGGAGCAGUACGCCAACAACCUCGAGUCGCUGGUAGAGGAGAAGACGGAACAGUUAUCGCUGGAGAAGAGGAGGUCGGAAGAACUACUCUACCAGGUUUUGCCAAGGCCGGUAGCUCAACAGCUGAUGGCUGGCGAGAUGGUGCAACCAGAAGGCUUCGAAUGCGUCACUGUGUACUUCAGUGACAUCGUGGGCUUCACGGAGUUGUGCGCCGCAUCCACCCCCAUACAGGUGGUCGAUCUGCUCAACGAUCUCUACAGCACCUUCGACAGGAUCAUCGGAUUUUACGACGUCUAUAAGGUAGAAACAAUAGGGGACGCCUACAUGGUAGUGUCGGGCUUGCCAGAGCGCAAUGGCGACCUGCAUGCGCGGGAAAUUUGUCUCAUGGCGUUGGCUGUGGUGGAGGCUGUGAGGAGCUUCGUGGUGCGACAUCGGCCUACACACAGACUUGAGGUGCGGGUAGGGGUCCACUCGGGUCCAGUGUGCGCAGGAGUCGUGGGAGUGAAGAUGCCGCACUAUUGCCUGUUCGGUGACACCGUCAACACAGCUAGUAGGAUGGAAUCUACCGGGCAACCACUCCGAAUUCACCUGAGUGAAAGCACACGAGUAUUACUCGAGCAAUGGGGCACGUUCGAGGUCGAGAGAAGAGGCGAGGUGGAACUGAAAGGCCGCGGCCGCAUGCUCACCCACUGGCUACUGCAAUGCUCCGAACCUGAAGCGAGGCUCGUCUCUCAAAGUCCCCAACCUCCCCCACAAUACCCUAUACUGUUCCCCACACUACCCCAACCAGUUUUGCAGGUACCGUAUUUAGUCGUGGAGCCACCGUCGCUGGCUACAUGAUCAAAGGAUGACGACGGUGAUGACGAAAGCUGAAGUUGCUUUGUGAUCUCGUAAAGGCCAAAAUUAUGAUUAAGAUGUUAAAAUCCAAAUAACCCUAUUAUUUGGUAAUUUUUAGUCGGAGUUGGAUAUUGGUGAACUAUCCUUGAUUUUGUUUAAGUAGUUAAAGUUCUAGCACUAUUUUCAGAAAUUAGCACUUUACAGACGUCAAAUUUACACUGUAAUAAAAAUAUUUCGUUUUUCUCAUAAAGCUGCAAACUACUAGCAUUUCGGAACGACCACUGCCGAGAAGAAAUGACCAAUGACUUUAUUUAUAUGAGAAUCGAACAGUUAAAAAGUUCAAACUCAACGAUCUAUAUCACCAUAAAAGUUAACCUAUAUUUACGUUUCACGUCGUCAACAUUGUAGACGGAGAUUAUGCGUAUUUUAUGGUCCGUUUUUAAUCUUAACGACCGGACAGGAUUUACAUUUAAUAAGACAGGGCUGCAUAAAGGGAUUUGUUUGCAAAUGACGUGCCGGCGCUGACACGUGAGCACGGACAAAGGAUUAUACGACUCAUAAGCAAUAGAGUUGUAAAAACAUCUGUGAAAAGCGAUUUCAGAGGCUGAUCACCCCUAAUUUAAAAGUGUGCAAAUUGUUCAGUACUAAGCAUACUGAAAUUAAUACAUAUAAUAAAUACUUGCGAAAUAUUGAAAAUAAGCAGCGAAAUUUGAAAAAAACAAUAACAUUUGUCCUGCUCAUUCUAAACUCACUUAUUAAGAAUAAAAGAAACGGGCUGAGAUAAAUAAAACCGUUUAAAAAUAGUUUCUCGUGGGAUGUUAUUAGGAUCCUUUCUAUAGGAAGCCCUUCGCAUAGACGAUCGCAAUAUGCGGGGCCUCACUAACCAUGACGAGGAGACGUGGCGCGGUGUCCUGAGCGUGAGGCGGGCGGUGGCAGCUUGCCAUCAGCCCUCGAUGAUCGUUCGCUCCCCUCGGGGAUGCGAUACUGUCGCUUUCUGAGUGGUUAUUUUUUAAUAAGUAUAUGAUGAUAUAUAAUAUACAACAUCCUAUUUCCAUGUAGAUUAUAUAAUCUUGGCUAGGUAAGUAUAUAGAUAUGAGUUUUUUUAUAAUAACCAAAAUGUAACUUAAUCUAUAACUAACUUGGAAAAGUGGAUGAAAAUUCUUGAAAUAUUGAAUUUUACUAAUCAAUCGGUCAAGACGUCAAUUUUUAUAAUAAUUCACAAUGUUUUAAAAACCUACCUAGGUUUUAAAAAUAGGUUGAUAGGUAUGUACCUAUUCAAUAUUAAUAUUGUGUACACCUACUCUUUAUGUUGUAGUUACAAAAUAAAUAUCAUGCUAUCUUUGAUAUUUUAUAUAGCUUUAAGUAGAGAAUUGAUGUUUAGAUUAUUGAAAAUUAUUAUAAUAGGUAUCUAGUACAUUGAAUGAAAAGUCUAUUGUUCCUACUUUUAUAUGUCCACGAAGAAAUGUUUCAAAAUCAGUGUCUAUUUUUAUACGAACAUUGCUUCCUAGAUGUGAGAUACUUGUAAGUAUCUUAUUUAUAGAUGUCAGUGUCAAUUGUUGAAUAA